GCGCCAUUUAAGAUACAAUGUAGCAAAACUUAGCUACUCUGGGUUUCCGCUUACCCAGUCUGGGUGGAGUUAAAUCCCAGGCGGAAAAAAAUAAGGCGAGGUUAAAGUUUAUUGCAAGACUCUGCACAUAGUGAAAGUAUAAUAGUGGAACCAUUAACUUAGGCUCCCUAGUGUAAAUCGGAGUACAAAAGGCGAAGUGCCCGCGGAUCAGAACCGUGCUGAUUUGCUGUUCAGCAAACGCAUGAAGUCCUUUUUCUAGAUUUUGCCGUGCUGCCCCGUCCCUGACCAAAGCGGAAAGCACAGUUACUGUGGAUGCUCUAUAGUGGCGCACAGGGAAUUACACCGAAGAAAUGGCGAAGAAUAUGAGACAGGGGCUGACCGCUAAUUCGUCCCAGUUCACGCUGAAUGGAGAGCCAAUCCGCAUCCUUGGGGGAUCCAUACACUACUUCCGCGUCCCCAGGGCCUACUGGAGUGACCGCUUGCUGAAGAUGAAGGCCUGUGGGAUCAAUACUCUCACCACGUACGUGCCAUGGAAUCUGCACGAGCCAGAACGGGGAGUUUUCGAUUUCCAAGGACAGCAGGACCUCGAGGCAUACAUCAGGGAGGCAGGCCGGGUGGGGCUCUGGGUGAUUCUCCGUCCAGGACCCUACAUCUGUUCAGAGUGGGAGCUCGGGGGCUUACCUAGUUGGCUCCUGCGUGACCCAAACAUGAAGUUGAGAACAACCUACCCUGGCUUCAUGAAGGCGGUCAACUCGUUCUUUGAUGAACUUAUGCCUCGGGUGGUGCCCCUGCAGUUUCAUAAGGGCGGCCCCAUUAUUGCCGUUCAAGUGGAGAAUGAAUAUGGCUCAUAUGCUAAAGACGACCAGUGCUUGCCGUUCAUAAAAGAGGCUAUGCUGUCCAGGGGAAUCUGUGAGCUUCUGUUAACAUCGGAUGCCCAUGAUGGAUUCAAGUGCGGAGGCGUAAAUGGAGCCCUGAAGACCAUCAAUUUUCAAAAAUUAACACCUGAAGUACGAAAGCAUUUGGAGAAAAUGGCGCCUGAAAAGCCAAAACUCGUGAUGGAGUAUUGGACUGGGUGGUUUGAUGUCUGGGCGGAGCCUCAUCACACCUUUAAAGCUGAGGAAAUGGUUUCCAUAGUAACAGAGAUUUUGAAACUGGGCAUGUCCAUCAACCUUUACAUGUUCCAUGGUGGAACCAGCUUCGGGUUCAUGAAUGGAGCUACAGAUCUGGGGACGUACAAGCCACAGGUCAACAGCUAUGAUUAUGAUGCACCUCUGACUGAGGCGGGGGAUUAUACUACAAAGUACCACCUUCUGAGAGAACUAUUUGCAGGGUACCACAGUGAGGACUUACCCGAGAUGCCUCUUGAGACCCCCAAAGAGGCUUAUCCUUCAGUUGUUAUUGGUCAGUAUCUGCCUCUGUGGGAAUCCCUUCAGCUAAUAGCGCCUCAUGAGUCAGAAAGACCCGUCAAUAUGGAGAACCUGCCGGUGAACAACGGCAACGGACAGUCCUACGGCUACACGCUGUACGAGACCAACAUCACCGGCGGAGGAAUGCUAAACUCCAGGAACCACGUGCGCGACAGAGCCCUGGUGUUUGUGGACAAACGCUUCAUUGGCAUCCUUGACUACAAGACUCAGGAACUACCAAUACGCAAUGGGCAGGGAGAACAAAAGCUGAGUUUGCUUGUGGAAAACUGCGGCAGAGUGAACUAUGGAGAGGCCUUGGACAAGCAGCAUAAAGGCCUGAUUGGUAACAUUGAACUGAACCACGUCCCACUUAGAGAUUGUACCAUUACCAGCCUUGAAAUGAAGCCUGGAUUUGUGAACAGGCUGAGCUCACUGUGCUGGAAACCGCUGGGGCAGGAAACUGGCCUCCCAGCGUUUUUCCAGGGUACGCUGAUCGUGGACGGCGUCCCGUCAGAUACAUUUAUCAAGCUACCGGGUUGGAGUAAAGGCGUCGUCUUUGUGAAUGGACAGAACCUUGGACGGUACUGGUCCAUUGGGCCUCAGCAAACCCUUUAUCUCCCAGGACCCUGGCUCAAGACUGGACAAAAUGAGAUCAUUGUGUUUGAAGAACAGAAAAAAGGGAAUGACAUCCAGAGUACCUGCUCUCCUCAUCUGGCAAAGACCAGCUAAAAUGGAGCAGAGGGCUUCCCACAAUGCCAAGGACCAGAAUACCACGUGAUAUGUGGGGCCCCUCCCUGU